CACCACUACCACAUCCACAAGAACAAUGUCCGGACUCCUUAACCAAGCUACCCAAGCCGCCAACAACCUGGCCACUCAGGCUACCAAUUUGGUCAAUCAAGCCGCCAACUCUGACACCACUGCCAAUGUCACUUCCCAGGCCAAGACUCUGGGAUCUCAGGCAGUCGGCGCUGCUGGCACUCUGGCCGGCCAGGCGCAUGCUCAGGCCCACGCCCUCGCACCUGGGAUUGUUCCCGCCCCAGCAGAGGGUGUUGACCUCAGCCACGGCUUGAAGCCUGAUAGCGAAGCCGACAAGGAGAAGCUUGCAAAGGCGUUGGAGAAGAAGGCCGAUGCGAGCGAGCUCAAGGACAAGGGUAUCCUGAAAGGUAUGGUUGUCUCGAAUCUUUUGUAUCACAUGCUGAUUAGCUUCAGGCAACCCCGGAGACUCUUUGGCCGGCAAGAAAGACGAGCUCCAAAAAGCUAUGCAAAAGGUCGGCUUAUUGAUCUUACAAGGUAUACGCGACUGACACUGGGUAGGACGUUCUCGACAACGAGAUCGCUCAAAGACCUCACCCCGAGGAGCUUGUGUCGAAGGGUAUCCUUUCUCGUAAGUGGCUAUAUAAUGCUACAGUGGUAUCUGACGAGCAAAAUGUAGCCGAUGAAGCCCCCAGGACCAACUGAGCGGUGUAGAUCUCAGCAGAUGAGGACAGGAAGGAGAAUAUCAGGAUCGGAUGAAAUUGGGACAGACUUGGCUCGCGACUUGCCGGGUGUAAUUUUACCAUGUAGCUUGUAGUAUAUGCAGCACCAUGCUCGAUCGUCGUACAUA